AUGGGCAACAGACAACCCUCCAGCUACCACAUAUGUGAGUCUGCUCCGUACGAGGAUGAAGUGAACGAUGCUGAUUAUGAACCCUAUGAAGAAGAAGAAGAAGACGAUACCACCACGAUGCUGGUUGGUCCCGCUGCAGCAGGUGAAGAACACUUUGCUCGCAAAUAUGGUUGGCAGACUAAUGUCGUAAGCAACCAGGAUCAAGAUGACGAAAGGAACAUCUAUUAUGAAGCUCCUGGCCACAACUUCGUGGCGAGAGUACACGAAGUUAGACUACCAGCAGAAUCGUCUCUGCCCAACUCGGAAAACACUGUUGACCGAAUCGAAGCUGCGCAGCUUCGAAACCCUCUUGAGCCUUGGGAACUCGAAGGUGUCCACGAGUCGACUGGUCGGUCCUACGAAGAGCUCCGGCGCAUGUUUCCAGAAGCAAGAUCUAUGGAGACUCCUGCCAGCAACACUCGACCUGUUACAGAGGGUGCUAUUAUAUGUGCACAAUGCAGACGAACGGCAACGCCGGAAUACGUCGACUGGCUGCGGGAAGGCAAUGUCGCUUUCUGCUCUCUCUGCGGCAUGACCAGAUCGCCACUGGAUCCAACGGAAGACCCUGAUUAUUAUGGUUUCAAUCCAAGGACAGUGAUAUAUCAUUGCACAUGCCGCUGCCACUGCCCAGAGGUAUACUCCUCAGAUAUGGAUAUAGAUUCUGAUUUCGAGGAUGCAGCAGAGGGCGAAGGGGACGACGACUUCAGCAAUCCCCUAUUGGCCGGUCUCAGAACUCCUGUAUCCAACCACCUCACAAGAACCUUGCCAGUAUUUGCGGAGCCUCAUGACCUGGACGCCAACCCCUUCGUCCCGACAUCCAGUGCGGAGGCAAGUCGAGAUGAGAUGCGCCACGAAUUUGGUCUUCCCGAGCUUCGCUUUUCGGACCAUGCCGACGAAUUCGAAGCAGACAUCCAUACAAUUACCAUGGCAAUGGAUGAUGCUGAGGUUAGUCGAGCGUUGGAGGACUACGAGACGGCGCUGAGUUACCUCGAUUUCGCUCUUUACACCUGCGACAAUCUCGAACUGGACCCUGGCCAGGCACCCUUCAGUGACGCUCUGAGUGCCCACCGAGAGGUAUUCCAGAUCUUGUACGAACAGGAGCUCGAAGCCGAAGGCAUUCCCCUUGAUUAUGAAGAUGCACAGGCGGCUUAUGCUGCAUAUCUAGCAUACUAG